AAUCCAUUGUUAACUUCAAGUUUCGAUUCAGUUGCAAUUAACGUGCCUUGUGAUAUACAUUUGACUGACAUUCCAAAACAUUUAAAUAUGAAGCCAUUCUAUCAACAAGUGACAAUAAAACUGAACUUUAUGAACUGCAAUCGGCUAUACCUUCUCCUCCACAAACUCAAAUAAUUUAUAAAAGAAGCUGGUGAAGAAUUAUCCUUUGAACACGAUAGUAAGUAAACUUAGAGCUUUUCUUCUACACUGCUUUUGUAAGACUAGGUUCGAGACUUUUGGCUCACUUAAGGUUAUGUUGAGUAGCUUAAAUAGUCUUUUCCUAAGUGCUUUCGUUGUAGAGUAUAAAAUGCUAGCGUUACUUUCGUGUUGUUUACUUCGUAAAUUUGGCAUUAGUAGCUGCACACACAACGCUCUCUCCCUAUGUAGCUAUCUUACUUAUUUGCAGCUAGUAAAUUACUGUCUAGAAAGUUUUAAGUUAACUUAGCCUUCUUCAUUUUUUAGCGAAAAAAUACGAUGAUUUGCAACUGCGUCGUAAAAUGGAAGAAAGAGAAGCGCGUGGAGUGCCCGUGAAAAGAAAAGGUCGACUACAAUCAACAACCCGCCGACGAAAACGACGACAACAACAAUCACAAUAA